AUGAGCAGGGCCCGGGCGAUGAGCAGGGCCCGGGCGGUGAGUGGCCUGCUGUUGUACGGCGCGCUGGUCGUGGCCUUCCUGGCCAGCUACGGAGGUGUUAAGCGGCUGCUCGGAUGGGGAAGCGACGCAGUGGGGAGCAAUCAGUACAGCUACAUCGCAGAUGUGUGGAGAGGGCUUGGGGAGAGCAAUGCCCUCGUCUGCUUGUUACUCCAAAUUGGGUGUAGCAAAAAGGGAGAGGCAAACGAAGUUGCGAAGAGGAAGGAAAAUAAAAAUGCAAGAUUGAUACACAAAAUAAAUAUGAACAAGGUCAGAAAACUUUCAGAUGUUGAGACAAACAAAGAUUUAUUGCCAUAUGUUAAUUUAGCAGAUGGGAACUACACAGUGGUAAAUCUUUUUGAUUAUUUCGUUAAGGGAAAAAGGAGAGAUAACGGAAAAAAUGAAAUUUUCGUAAGUCAGAUUAUGACGCUACAUAGGGUUGUAGUCAUAUGCUUCAAGCCGACUCUGAAUUUCUCGCACAUCAUUACCCAACCUAGUGAUGCCCUCUAUAAAAUCAUAAAGGAAGGAGAAGGAGAAAUAUUAACGAAGAAAGAUUAUCCUGUUUUAUUUUAUGCAGAGGAAGCUAGUUGGGGGAUGAAAAACGUAAUGUCAACAGGAAUCAUCGAAUUUUUUGCACCACCAUUUACUAGAACUGUAUCAGACAUUGUAGUUAGAUGUGCCAACACAGAAAUAAAUGAGACCUACACUUUUGAGGAUGUGAUUAAGGUCCGUAUUCGAAUCCCACGUAGUAGUGAAAAAAUAGUAGGUCUUAGCACAGAUCCUAAAGAUAGAGAAUUUUUCGAAAAAAUAGUAGAUGAAAAUGUAGAUGAUUAUGAAUUUGGAAGUUUCAAAAAUAGAGUCUUAGGAUUCAAAUUGGCAGAUGCAGAAUUAGAUCCAGAAAAUUGUUUCAAAGUGGUUUAUGAUGGACAAAAAAAAAUUUCGCUAGAAAUUGAGUACCAAUUUUCUAGAUGCUUAAUUUUGGAUAGACCAGAUUUUAAGCUUCGAUAUUUUUAUAUCAAUCAUGAAUAUUUCGAAGAUGAAAUAAAAUUUUCUUGUUCUUUUACUUACAAAGGGAGGAAGAAAAAUGUCACGUUUGGGGAGGAUGAAGUUAAUCCAUUAACGGACACCUACUUUAUAGAAGCAGAUAAGGAUGAGUUCCAGUAUUUUAACGGAGUUCCUUACAAGAUGUGUCACUUUGAAUAUGAAGAGGAGAAAAAGGAAUCCACACAGGUGUGCGAAAGGACUAUUAACGAGUUCUCUCUCUUUAUGUAUAACUGCGAGAUGGAGAGUACCAUAGGGGUUAAGUUGGAAGAACCAAUCAAAACGGUGAAGUACCUAAAUGGGACCCAUCCUUUGAGUAAGUUCAGCGAUAUUACACUCUUCUCCAAAGAUAUACACAUACAAAAUCUACGAUGGAAAUUUCCAGAUUACAAAUACUUCAUGACAGCCUAUAUCAACCAUGGUCCCCAUCCCCUCAUCAUCGAAUGUGUCAUUCCUAAUGAAACUAAGGACAGCUUCCAAAAGGCGAAUAUUCUACUUUAUGUAAAAACGAACUUAAAAGACAAAACCGUCUCCUUCUGUGAUUUUAGAAGCUCCAAAUUGUAUGAUUAUCUGAAUGCAUAUAUCAAAGGGGAUGUUUGCGAAAUUAAUGUAACUUCGAAUAGUAGCUUUGGAUUUAGAUGUCCACAUGGAACAGUGAAGAAGCCGAGUUCCUGCUUCACCGAGUUGUACUACCAUGGGUACCUCUACCCCUUAAGGGAACUCUUCGCGCAGAAUAUUGUUAUUUAUUCAUAUAAGGAUCCAAGCCUCUCUCUAGCCGCAUUUACCAGCAGCCUGAGUAGGUCCUACUCCUUCGAAUGCUUCUGCGUCCAGGAGAGUGACAAAAAUAAGAUAGAAAAGAGGGUGAUUGUAAAUUACAUAAAUGAGGACCAACUGUAUGAUUAUAAUCCCAUUCCUAAAGUGACCUACCAAUCUGUGAUAUCACACCCGAUGAGGACCCACCUUUGCGAUUUCAUGGGAAAUAAUUCAGUCCUUAAGCCAACGAGGAAGAACCCAGUAAAUUACAUCUGUGAAGUUUUUCCCAAGCCAAUGGAAUAUAUCGCCCUGAACUGCCCUACCAACCUCAUCGAUGAACAGAAUGAGAAGAUCCUCUCCGAUUUGCUUUACCAAUAUGGAAAUCCAGGCAUAAAGGAACAAAUAAGGGCCUUCGGGAAGAAGAGAAAUAAUUAUUCGAAGUCCUUUCACCUCCCGAAGGAAGCUCCUUCUUACGUAAUAAACCGCUACAUGCAAACUGUAAAACGAAUUGAUGAAAUGAUUCCAGGGGUUCUAAUCAAAGAUACGGUUCGCAUAAAAAUAGCUAGAAUAAAAAAGACAGAUGCAGGGGUGGAAGAUCCGACUCUACCACCAGACGAAAAUGACGAAAUGAAUCAAAUGUAUGCUAGCCAUUUGGGACGUCCGAACAAUAUCCACCAUGGACUCUUCAUCUUUCAACUCCCACCUUACAUAAAACGUGAUGCCAUCAUCGAAUUCGCUUGCAUUAAUGAUAAAACGAAAAAAAUGGGUAACACAGGGAAUAACGGAAUUAUGUCCGUUCAUCUCAGAACCGAAGGAAGGGAAGUCCAUGGGUGUCACUUCUACAAGCAUAAGGAAGAAAGCAGCAUUUUGAAAAAAAAAAUAAAAGUAGGUUCUCACCAAGAUUGCGUAAUCCAAAGUAAUGGAGAAAUUGAGUACAUAGGUAUUAUUUGUCCAAUUCAGAACGGAUUAUAUUUAACCCCCCCUGGGUGUUUCCAAACAGCGUAUGACAGUUCAGAUGCACUUGUCCAGCUUAGCAGCUACGAUAAGGAUUUCAAAAAUUUCACCAAUGAUAAGGGGGUCUCCUAUUUGAAGAUCCCGCAAAGCUUUGUCGGAUAUCUAAACAUAUUCUGCUAUUGUAAUGAGGAACCACCAUCAUCGGAGGAGACAGCAGCAGGGUUGGUAGCAGCUCCUAAGAAGGAAAAUAAAAUUAAUAUCGAGUUGAAUAUCUCCAAUAGGGGUAUCACCAAUGUACAAAAAAUUGAUCGCCUGUACGAGUCAGACUUCCUCAUAGGGAACGAAUUUGUCAAUAGGAGACCCAUACCAAUAAUGAGAAAGAAGCAUAUUUGUGAUUUUACAAGGGAGGACAGCUCCUUGGCUCCCCAGGAUGAGCUCCCCGCCAUCAACUCCUGCUUCGUCGAAUUGGAGGAAAACCUCAGUCUCGUGGAGGUACGCUGCCCAAGGAACGUUAACCCGUCUGGGGUCACCCGAUUCAGCACAGUGCGUGGAAUGCGCAGCGUUGGAAGCGUUGCUAGUGCUGCCAGUGCUGCUGGAAUGGCGGCCCGCAGUGGGAGCCACAGUACCCUCCCAGCUGAGGAGUUGAUCCUGAGCGAGGAGGAACUCAGCAAGUAUAAGCAAAUCAAGUACGUGCCCGAAGAGUUCGAAGACGUAGUCCACAUGAACAGCAAAAUGAAGCUGCAAGAUAUCCUCCCAGGAACGAUAAUCCUGAAUCGAAGUAAAAAAUUUGGAGAAAAAGGAAGAUUCACAUUUAUCACCCCGUUGAUUGUGAAGAACGAUAUAAUAAUAAAGCUCUCCUGUGAUAACUCCGAGACAGUUAUUGGAAAUAAAAAGGGAAAAAAGGGAGUCGUUGUUGUAAAAAUACCCAAGAGAGUAACGAAGAAAAGGUUUUAUGGAUGUGAUUUUUCUGGAAAUUCCAACAAGACGUUCUACUACUCCGAGGUGCAUUCACUUACUAGCGAUAAUAAGGAGUGCCACGUGAACUUGAAGGAAAACAUUAUCGUUAGUUUGAACUGCCCAAAUGGGAAAAUUAACCCAAAUAACUGCUUCCACAAUGUAUAUAUAAAAAGUACCAUGGAUCAGGAAAAUGUAGAAAACGUGGAAAAUAUUUUCAAUGACGUUAAGGUAAUUAAUACGAAUUAUUUAUUGAAAAAUUCUUCUGCUUUUUUGAUCAUAUCGAAGAUGAGCAAUACGAAGGACCUCAAUUUUUACUGUACCUGUGAGGAUUAUGAUAGCAAGAAUGUGGGCACCAUAUUCCUGAACCUGCCCCAGAACCCAACUUCUACAUCUAAGGAAAAAUACGACACGGAAAAAAAGCUAGUUCUUGAUGUCCCCCCGUACUAUACCAAAGACACGUACGUUUGCGAUUUUACCGACCAACAUUACAACAUCUUGGAUCGAUCUAAUGUAGACAUGGAGAAGCUAUUGAAUAAAUAUCUGCAGAAUAUCCUGCUAUACAAACACGAUGAAUUCACACACUUCAGCUUGAAUUUUAAGCUCAGAAAGGAAAUUAUGAAGAAGCAAUACAUCGAGUAUGUUAAGAAACAGAUUCAGCAUUAUCGGGACAACCCCCCCAAGGUGGAGAAUUACCCAGACCAUACUAUCAUCUACAAAUGCAACAUAGACUUGAGCGCUUUUGACAAAUUUGCGAUUAAAUGUCCCUCUAAGAAGAAGGAAAGUCUGCCUUCUAGUGAGAAAGGCCCCUCCUCUUUUUCUAAGGGACUCCAACUUAGUGCACCCCGUCUGGUGUACUCAUCCAGUUUGGGUAACGACCCCAGCUCCUUAGUGAAAGGAUUGAACAAUCUGCUCUUCGGAACCAUCAUCGUAAAUAAAACUAACGAGAAUAAUGUCUCCUUUUUUGAUAAGGGAGAAUUGGAACUUAUUAUAUCUCCCUAUGCAGACUCGUCAAAAAAUUUUAGUUUCUCCUGUGAGAAUAUGGCAGAAGAUGGAGUUAAUCGUAUCAUCGGUCAUGCAUCCAUUUUUGUAAAAAAAAAUAACAACAAAAUUUUGGGAUGCGAUUUUAUUGACCCUUCAGAUGUUAGAAACCAGGUACACCAACUCACAUCUAAAACAGGAGAAAGAAAAACAGAAGGGACUAGUAUGUACAAAAAUAACUCAUUCGAAUUUGAGAUCGAACUAGUGGAGGGAAAAAACAUAUACUGUAAUAUUGAAGCCAUAGAGAAUGACGUAGUUGGGUUCAGCUGUCCUCAUAAUUUCCUCACAGCUCCUGAAAAUUGCUUCGAGUCUGUGCAAAUUGAAGGGGUAGACAAAGAACUAGAAACACACAAACUGGAUAAGCUACUCAAAGGGGUACGCAUUCUUAAGAAUAAAAUAUAUGACGUUAAUUAUACUCCUUCUUAUAUCAUCCUUCCGAAGAAGAUACCCAAAUCGAUGAAAAUAUUUUGCAAAUGUAACUCCGUGAAGCUAAUCAAAACGGGUAUUAUCCAAAUUAAUAUCAUCGGGGAUGACUUGAAUAACUGGUUCAAGAAAGAGAUCAGUCAUAAUAUCUUUGCAUUCGAACAGGCUAGCUACUUUUAUGAUUUUUCUUCUGGCCCACUCAAUAUCAGCUCGGAGAACGUGUUGGAUAUCGAUGCGAUGCCUAAGGGGAAGCGAGCUAAGGGAAGUCGCCAGAAACUGCAAGGCGGGGUAGACACACAGGGGGGUGCAGCGAAGAAAACGGGAGAGGUAGAACCAAACGCUGGGCGCACCACCGUGGAGCUACUCGACCUAGGAGAUGAAGAAGAAGAAGGAGAGGAGGAGGACGCAGAGGAGGACGGAGAUGAUGCGGAGAGCGACGACGAAGUGGAAGAAGAAAACGUGCUGAACCCAAUGCGCACAAAACAGGUACACGAAAUAACCGUAGCGGCAUCAGAAUUCAGUUCCGUUAAGGUCGUGUGCCCCUUGAGGAAUGCACAACACUUCAGGCAGUCCAAAAUCAGCCCCGAAAAUUUCUUCGAGUAUGUAUACGUCAUGGAGAAGGACUCCAACAAAGACCAGCGAAGUGAAGCGGAGAAAGAAAAAAUGGUCAUAGAACUAGUACAAGGAAAAUUGAAAGACUCCACAAAUAAAGACGUAACUGAGGAUGGAUCUAAGAUAAAAGAAAACGAAAAGGAUAGAGAUAAAAACGAAAUGAAGGUAGACUAUGACGAUAUGGGGAACAAAAUAAUCGUCGCUUUAAAGACGGAAAGACCCAAAGCAACAAUCGAAGAUGCAAAAAAUUUGGACCAUCCCAAAGAUCAGGAGGAAAAAACAAAAAAGGACAUCCUAACAAUAAAAAACAUAAACGAUGUUAUAGAAUUCGUGAAUCACGAAAUAGAAGAAGCAAAAUUUUUUAUUUCGUGCGACAAUUCGCUAACGUUGAAUGAGAGUAGAAGAGGUAAAACCGGAAUCGUUAAAAUUGUGGUGAAGCCAAACUAUAGGUGGGAAGACGUGCCGAAGAAUUACGUAUGCGAAGUACAAGUAGAGGACGACUCCAUAGUAGGGGUAGCCUGUCCUUCACAUACCAAGCUGCAUCCAUCAGAUUGCUUUGACAGUGUCAUUAAGGAUAACGAGGUCCACAAAAAGGAUUCACUAAUAGAAGCAGUUAAUAUUUUUAUUUACAAGCAGAGGAACAAACCCAUUCUUUCUUUCAUCCAGGUCAAGCACAUUUUCGCUAGUCACUUCUCUUGCAAGUGCUACGAUUCCGCAAAGGGGGACUACAAGGAGGUCACCGUCAAAAUUAACUACGAGCCCUACGUCCUGGGCACGCCCAGGAAGGGCCUCGGCGGCGCGGUCAUUCAGUACAGCGAUGUAGAUCUGCGACUGCCCUCGGUGCAGCACUGA